AUGGCCAAGAAGCGGCGCACUAAGAAGAGGAAGGGAACCAGUACAAGACAAGACCCCGCCCAGGGCGCCACAUCCAGCAUGUCCACCACCGACGAGCUUGCGUCGCACUCUAGCGGCAGCCAGUCGAGCGGCCUGCACGAGAGCGAGACCGCCACCGAGAUGACGAGCGUCAUGAGCAUCAACGAGGGAUCCCAUGGUGUUCUCGAGGCCGACGAAGAAUGGAACUCGCAAGAAGAGGAGGGGGGUAUGGAGGUUGACGACGACGACGACGACGACCAUGACAACUUCUCCGUCUUUACGCCUGGCCAUUAUCCCCGGCCCAGCGAGUCUCAUCGCACCGAGAUGCCCUACAUGAUGUCACUCGAUCAUCAGGACAUGUCUUCAACCCGGUCAUUCAUGGAGCGAGAGUUGGACUACCAAUGGGAGAACGGUCGGCGGUACUGCGGCCCGCAUUAUCACCUCCCCAACGAUGAGUGGGAAAUGUGCCGCAUGAGCUUGAUUCACCGGGUCUACCUACACGUUUUUGACGGCAAGCUCAGCACAGUACCACUGGAGAACCCGCAGAGAAUACUGGAUGUCGGCACGGGUAUCGGCGAAUGGGCCAUUGGCAUGGCCGACGAGUUCCCCAAUUGCGAGGUCAUUGGUACAGACAUAUCUGCCCUUGCGCCCACGUCAAUACCGAUGAACUGUUUCUUCGAGGUCGACGACGCCGAGUUGGAGUGGGAGCGCGAACUCGAUUCGUUUGACCUUGUGCACUUCCGCCACAUGAUGGCGGCAUUUACGGACUGGACUUUUGUCUACAAGGAAGCAUUCAAGGUCCUUCGGCCCGGCGGCUGGAUCGAGAUGCUGGAAUGGGAUGAUCAACAAGGGUUCAAAAAGUUCCUCUCAGAAUUCCCCCCUACUUCCGAGAUUCACGCACUGUCGAGGGACCUGACGCUCGCAGGCAUCAAGUCCGGGCGCGCAAGAGGCGUCUCCCACAUGAACCCGAAACUGUUAACAGAUGCCGGCUUUACGGACAUUAAGCUUACAGAACACACGAUUCCCAUCAAUAUCGAGGCCAGCGAAGGCAAGCUGUGGCUGAUCGCCUGCAUCGAUGGACUGGAGGCCGAAUGCCUGCGACCACUUACGAAGUACAUGGGAUGGGACCCAGAGCACGUCAAGACGGCAUGCCACAAUGUCGCCAAAGAGAUGGCCCGUCUAGCAAGAGACCCGGUCAAAUCGCACGGACUGAUUGUCAAGGCCCGCGUCCUGGUCGGUAGGAAGCCACUGAAUGCGGCAACGCCGCCAAGCUUCUAUCCGAGACCUACCGAGGACGCGGACGAGACGGACGAUACAGCGAGGGAGGGUAGCCACAGCAGGCACCAAGCCGACGAGGACGCUCAAGACUCCGCUGUCGAGACGACAGUUUGA